GAGUAAGGACGGCACAGGAGCGCGCACGGCCCCAGGAACUACAGUUCCCAGGAGGCCUUGCGCGGACGCCCGGGAGCGGAGCUACCCCGGGGUGGGGCCUGUGGACUGCGGCGUGUGGGGAGCUAGCGCGGCUCGGAUGGCCGGGCAGGUGAAGGACCGCGAGGCCCUCCAGAGGCUCAGCUUCCUGUAUCAGGCUGCUCACUGCGUCCUCGCGCAGGACCCCGAGAACCAGGCACUGGCGAGGUUUUACUGCCACACGGAGAGGACCAUAGCGAAGCGGCUCGUAUUGCGGCGAGACCCUUCGGUGAAGAGGACCCUUUGUCGUGGCUGCUCGUCCCUCCUCAUCCCGGGCCUGACCUGCACCCAGCGCCAGAGACGCUGCAAGGCUCAGCGCUGGACUGUACAGACCUGCCUGACAUGCCAGCGCAGCCAACGGUUCCUCAACGAUCCUAGGCAUCUGCUCUGGGGAGACCGACCUGAGGCCCAGAUGGGGAGCCAGGCAGGGGACGUGGGUUCGAGCCCUGGUCCGGGAAGAUCCCACAUGCCGUGGAGCAACUAAGCCUAUGCACCACAACUACUGAGCCCGCCUGUGGCAACUACUGAAGCCCGCGCACCUGGAGCCCGUGCUCCGCAACAAGAGAAGCCACCGCAAUGAGAAGCCAGCGCACCGCAACGAAGAGCAGCCCCCGCUCGCCGCAACUAGAGAAAGUCCAUGCACAGCAACAAAGACCCAACAC